AGUGGCCAACAUGGAGAGUCACAGAGUUCAGUCUUCCUACAGGAGGCGUUUCGCCCCCCAGGGCUCCAGCAGCAGCAUAACAGCGGUCCGUGUGGGAGGCCUCCCCUCCAGCCGCCUCUCCUGGCACGGGAGCCCCCGCACCUUCGCCCACUCCAGCCCCGUACAGCGGACCACCCCACAGGGCCCCAUGGAGAGACUGGACUUCUCAGCCGACUCGCUGCUGAAGGCCCACUUCAAGGAGACGCGCACCAACGAGAAGGUGGAGAUGAUGGGCCUCAACGACCGCUUCGCCAGCUUCAUCGAGAAGGUGCGCGUGCUGGAGCAGCAGAACAAAGUCCUGGUGGCCGAGCUGGCCCAGCUGAGGAGGAAGGGGCCCAGCAGGGUGGGCGACAUCUACCAGACCCAGCUCAGGGAGCUGCAGCGGCAGGUGGACGACCUCGGCGCCGACAAGGCCCGCGUGGAGAUCGAGAGGGACAACAUGGCGGCGGACGUGGCCACACUCAAGCAGAGGUUGCAAGAUGAGAUGGGCCUCCGACAGGAUGCCGAGAACAACCUGAGUGCCUUCAGACAGGAUGUGGAUGAAGCGUCUCUAAAUCGAGUCCAGUUGGAGAGGAAGGUGGGAGCUCUGCAGGAUGAGAUCGACUUCCUGAAGAAGAUUCAUGAGGAGGAGCUUCGUGAGCUGCAGGAGCACAUCAUGGCCCAGCAGGUUCACGUGGACAUGGAUCUCUCCAAACCGGACCUGACUGCAGCUCUGAGGGACAUCCGGGUCCAGUAUGAGACCAUGGCUUCUUCAAACAUGCAGGAGACGGAGGAGUGGUAUCGCUCCAAGUUUGCUGACCUGACAGAUGCAGCCAAUAGGAACGCUGAGGCCCUGCGCCAGGCCAAGCAGGAGGCCAAUGACUACCGGCGUCAGGUCCAAGUCGUCACCUGCGAUCUGGAGGCACUCCGUGGAACAAACGAGUCCCUGGAACGUCAGCUCCGGGAGCUGGAGGAGCGUUUCGCCAUGGAGACGGCAGGCUACCAGGACACGGCCAGCCGCCUGGAGGAGGAGAUCCAGGCCCUGAAGGAGGAGAUGGCCCAGCAUCUGCAGGAGUACCAGGACCUCCUCAACGUCAAGCUGGCCCUGGAUAUUGAGAUCGCCACCUACAGGAAGCUGCUGGAAGGGGAGGAGAGCAGGAUUACUAUGCCAGUACAGAGCUUCUCCAACCUGCACCUGAGAGAUGCACUCAUGGACACCAGAAGCCCGGAUCUCCACAUGAAGAGGAGCAUCCUGGUCAGAACUGUGGAGGCUAGAGAUGGAGAGGUCAUUAGGGACUCGACCACUGAGCAUUAAUCUGUCUGGUCCUCAGUGACAAUAUGAUGACUGUGAACCUUUUUUUUUUUUUAUGAUUAUUUUUACAAAAAUACAAAUUGUGUCCUACAAUUUCUUAUUUUCACUACCAUCACCAAUGAUGUUGUUUCCCCAGCACUGCCAUGACAUUUAGUACUCUCAUUACAGUGUUUUGUUAAAAUAAAAAACAAAGUAUA